CGGGAAAGAUAAACAAGUCAUUGAUACUUUAGCAAAAUAGAAAAUGCCACUCUUCCGGAACUUGAAUUCAAAUGAACUCUUCCGGAAACCUCCGUGGAACUUGAAUUCAAAUAAACUCUCCUGAAACUUUUGUACGAAACCCCUCUGAAACACCGCUAUUCAAGUGAAUUUUUGUAGGCGUCCACCAAUUCGAUGAGAAAACCAACUGCAGCUGGACCGUUGCUGCUCCACGAACGGGCGUCAAAUCUUCGUGCCCGCGUGGGUGUUCCAACGAGGAUGCCGCCUCCCCUCCCCACUCCGGCGGCGCCGCCUGCUCCCCGGCCGGCGUGGAACACGAACCACAACCUGGUGGUGACCCACCCGCUGCUCUCCCUCCUCGAGUCCUGCGCCUCCUUCCGCCGCCUCCUCCAGCUCCACGCGCUGCUCACCGUCUCUGGCCUCGCCGCGCACCGCUUCCCGGCCUCCCGCCUCCUCGCCUUCUGCGCGCUCUCCGACCCGCCGCGCCUCGCCCACGCCGCCGCCGUCCUCGCCCAAGCCGCCGCAACCCCGCCGGGGCCCAACGCCUACAUGCUCGCCACCAUGAUGCGCGCCUUCCUCCGCGCCGGGCUCCCCCGCCGCGCACUCGCGCUCUUCCGCCGCGUCCUCCGCGACCGCCUCCCCGCCGACGCGCGCACCUUUGUCUUCGCUCUCAAGGCCGCCGCCGCCGCUUCUUCCCCCGGCGAGGCCGUCCACUGCGUCGCCCUCAAGCGAGGGUUCCUCGGCCAGAGCGCGCUCGUGGGGAAUGCGCUGAUGCACUUGUACGCCAGCGGCGUGUCACUGUCAAACGCGAGGAAGGUGUUCGACGAAAUGCCCGACAGGGACGUGGUCUCGUGGACGACGCUGGUGGACGGGUACGCGCGGGGCGGGGUGCCCGAAGAGGCGUGGCGGGUGUUCUGCAGGAUGGUGGUGGCGGGGGGCGGGCGGCCGAAUGGGGUGACGCUGGUCGCCGCGGCCUCGGCGGUUGGUCAGAUGGGGCUGCUUGGGCUGGGGAGGACGGUACGUCGCUAUGUUGCGGAGAGUGGUGUCAGCGCGAGCCUUAACUUGGAGAACGCGCUGGUGGAUAUGUUUGGGAAGUGUGGGUGUGUGGCCUCCGCCAAGGAGGUUUUCGACGGAAUAGCGGUCAAGGAUGUGUACUCCUGGACAAGCAUGAUGAGUGCCUAUGCCAAAUGUGGUGAUUUGGAGAGUGCAGUGCAGAUGUUCGAGGAUAUGCCUUUGAGGAAUGCUGUUUCUUGGAGUUGCAUGAUUGCCACUUAUUUACUGGCAAAUCAACCUGAGGAAGCUGUGAGGAUGUUCAACGACAUGAUUGCGACAGGCAUGGAGCCGAUUGAUGCUACUCUUGUGAGUGUUCUAUCGGCAUGUGCUCAAUUGGGUUGCUUGGAUCUUGGUAGGUGGAUAUACGACCACUACAUUGUCGGUAAUAAGGUAAGGUUUACAGUGAAUUUAGGCAAUGCGCUCAUCGAUAUGUUUGCAAAAUGUGGAGAUGUGGGCGCAGCAUCCAGAUUAUUUGGUAAUAUGGAAGAGAGGAAUUUAGUAAGUUGGAACUCGAUGAUCAUGGCCCAUGCUUUGCAUAGUCAGUCUGAAGAAGCACUUCGUCUCUUUCAGCAGUUCAAAGAAACCGGUAUUGUGCCUGACGAGAUCACGUACAUUGGGGUACUUUCUGCAUGCAGUCAUAGUGGGUUAGUUUCGGAAGGGCGGUGCCGUUUCAAAGAAAUGAAGAUGGUUUACGGGAUUGAACCUAGGGCCGAACAUUAUGCAUGCUUGAUUGACCUUUUGGGUAAAGUUGGGCUUCUUGAAGAGGCGUUUGAAGUUGCAAGGAGUAUGCCAAUGGGAGCUGAUGAGGCUGGUUGGGGCGCUCUUUUAAAUGCAUGCAGAAUGCAUGGUAAUGUAGAAAUUGGUGAAUGUGCUGCAGAUAAGCUUGUAGGGCUAGAUCCUGCAGACAGUGGAAUAUAUAUACUUAUGAGCCAAAUAUAUGCAAGUAAAAGCAAAUGGGACCUGGUGAAGAUGCUGAGGACGGUGAUGAGAGAUAGAGGUGUAAAAAAGAAUCCUGGCUAUAGUUCUAUUGAAGUGGAUGGAAAAUUUCAUGAGUUUUUGGUGGCAGAUGUUUCACAUGUUCGUUCAGAAGAUAUAUAUGCUGCAUUGAAGAAUAUUUACAUUCAUUUAAAAUCAGAAGGUUAUAUUCCUUUUUCUUGACAUGACUGUGCUGAAAAUUCUUGUGUUCUUGUCCCCAGUUCAUGCACCUCAUAAUUAACUUUGACUGUAGAAUGAAAAGGAGAAGUUAGCAGCAGACAGUAUUUUACAUAUUAAAAACUCAGCUUGCUGAUGAACAUAGUUUCUUUGACGUCCUACUGUUUUGGAUUUGGUUCAUGCAUCAUGGUCCAAAAGUCAGAUGUGUUUGUACUGUUAAAAGUAGAGUAUAUGGGCAGACAAAGCAGAGUACUCCACAUCCCAUGGAGAAUCGUGGUAACUGUUACACAAUAAUCUUGAUUACGUUCAGACUGCCAUGUGGAAAAGAUUGUUGUUCUUUUAAUGAACUUGAUUAGACCCCGACUUUCCAUUCGAAUUGAUCAACAACCUGUGUGAAUGGCAAGCUGCGGAGCUUAUCUUAGGUGGAAUGUGUCGCUUGUUAUUAUCCCAACUGCUGCAUCGGCAGAAGGCCUUUCUAUAGAUGAUUCAGGUACUAACCAUGCACUACUACUAGGGUUUCUUUCUACAAGCAUCUACUGGCUGCCCAGCAUGCGCCUAGUGGAGAAGGCUCAGGGUCUCCAGCGGCUUGACGGUGUCGAGCCCGCGAUGAACUGACGCCUGCGUCGUCGCGGGC